UCCACAGAUCAUAUUCAAAUAUUUUCUUCCACACCAAUUUCUUUCUCUCUCUAUCUCUCUCUUCGCAAUUGUUGCUGUGCAAGGAAUUCUAAGGUUGCGCUUUUCGUACCAUAUGCAUAUUGAAGUUCGUUGUAUAAACAUCUUUAGCCAUCAUGAAGUACUUGGAAUACACCCCCUUCGACCGAAUAAAUGCUUUUCUAGAUCACCUAAAUCUCGGAGAGCAUACCAUUAAGGGAUGCAUUGAAGCUUACUCAUGUAAGCAUACUGGAACAGAUAAAAGGCUAUCUCUCAGCUUGGAAAAUGAGAUGCUUGAUUAUAUUGGGAACUCUCCUGAUGUUGGAUCCUCCUCACCGGUUGAAUAUCUUUCUAGUAGAUCCAGCCGAAAGACGUUGAUCUAUCUUAUUCUCACGUUAUCGCAGAUGUACCCAGACUACGAUUUCAGUGCAGUGAAAGCUCACCAGUUUUUCACAGAAGGAACCUGGGAAGGUUUUAAGCAACUGUUUCAAAGCUACAUGUCUGAUGCAUCCAAGGUAUGGAACGAGACAGAUGAAGACGGUACCUUACUGGAAACCUUAUACAAAACUUUAGACGAGGUUAUCAAUCUAGCAGACUGUGAAGUCUAUAGCUAUGACCCGAACUCUGAUGCUGACCCUUUCAUAGAAAAAGGAGCUUUAUGGUCAUACAACUUCUUCUUUUACAAUAGAAAGCUCAAGCGUGUUGUGAGCUUCCGUUUCAGCUGUUUAAGCAAUUUGGUGAGCGACGGUUUUCCUACGGAUGGAUUUUACUACGAAGAAGAUGGUGAAAUAUUCGAUGAGAUGGACAUGUGAUGUUGUACAUACCAUGUUAAUAGGAUCCAAGUGUUGGUAGUGUACAAAUUGGCAGGCGUCGCUAAUAAAUCAACUAGAUAAUAGAUGCCUUAGAUUGUGAAGGGAUGCAUCGUCUUUUUGCUGCUUCACAUUUGUCUAUGUUGGUUAACAGCUGUUUCGUACAUUUUAUUUUGACUCUUUUGUUUGGUGAUUCUACCGUUUAUUAAACGGUUGUUUAACCUACUUGUAAGAUCACUUGGGUGAGAGUGUUAAAUGUGUCGUGGUUGUGGGUUGGGUUCACACAAUCACACAUGUUUGUAUCGCUGCUUGACUGCUUCUAUUGUCUUUGUUAUGUUAAUGCCCAUGAUUAUGUUAA